AUGGCUAAGCCUAAGGUCUGCCUCGCCUACUCUGGCGGUCUCGACACCAGUGUCAUUCUCAAAUGGCUCAUUGAGCAAGGCUACGAUGUCGUUGCCUUCAUGGCCGACGUUGGCCAAGCCGAAGACUUCGCCGCCGCCGAAAAGAAAGCCAUCGCCAUUGGCGCCGUCAAGUUCGUCGUCGAAGACCUGAAGCAAGAAUUCGUCGAAGAGCUUUGCUUUCGAGCAAUUCAGUGCAAUGCUAUUUUUGAAGAUCAAUACCUCCUCGGAACAUCCUUGGCUCGUCCCGUUAUUGCCCGCGCUCAGAUGCGUGUUGCUCAACAGAACCAAUGUGUUGCCGUGUCGCACGGUUGCACCGGAAAGGGAAAUGACCAGGUUCGAUUCGAGCUGGCUUUCUACGCUAUUCAGCCCACCAUCAAAGUCAUUGCCCCUUGGCGAUUGCCCGAGUUCUUUGAACGUUUCGCUGGUCGAAACGACUUGCUCGAUUACUCCGCCCAAGUUGGCAUUCCCGUCACAUCCACUAAGGCCAAGCCCUGGAGUAUGGACGAGAACCUUGCACACUGCUCUUAUGAAGCCGGUAUCUUGGAGGACCCCAACAUCACUCCUCCCGCUGACAUGUGGAAAUUGACCGACUCCCCUCAAAACGCACCCAACACUCCCGAAGAAUUCAGCCUCUCCUUCGAGAAGGGUAUCCCCACCAAGCUGGUCACCCCCUCCGGCCAGACCGUCACUGGAUCCUUGGACAUCUUCGUCACAUUGAACGCUAUUGGUCGCAAGCACGGUAUCGGCCGUGUCGACAUUGUCGAGAACCGUUUCAUCGGCAUCAAGUCCCGAGGCUGCUACGACUCCCCCGCCAUGACCAUCCUACGCGCCGCCCACGUCGACCUCGAGGGUCUCGUCCUCGACCGUGAGGUUCGCUCCCUACGUGACCAGUUUGUCACCUUCAACUGGUCUAAGCUCCUGUACAACGGUCUCUACUUCUCUCCUGAGCGUGAGUUCAUCGAGAAGAGCGUCAUCGCCAGUCAGGAUACUGUCAACGGAACCGUCCGCCUCUGCGCUUACAAGGGCGCCGUCUCCAUUCUCGGCCGUUACAGUGAGACCGAGAAGCUCUACAGCGCUGAGGAGAGCAGCAUGGACACCUUGACUGAUUUCAGCCCCGUCGACACCACCGGAUUCAUUGGUAUCUCCAAGAUCCGUCUUGCUAAGUACGGCCAGGCCAAGGCCGAGUCUGGCGAGAGCCUGAGCCGCGCUUAG